AUGGCUCUCGAGGUCGGCGAGGGGGGCGAAGGCGGCUGGCGUUGUCCGUGCUCCCAGCCUUUUCCAUCCCUGAUCCCCACCCGAAUCAGCCGGCGGCGACGGGCAGACGGCCUGCGCAGGCGCGCGGCGGCGCGGUUCCGGCACUCCCCGCUCUCCCUCGACCGUGUUGGCUGUGAGACUCACCCACUUCGCCGCGAGGCCCGGGCUCGCCGCGGCUCUGACGGUCUCGGCGUCCGCUCUCCCCCGCUGACUCCGGCUAGGCCCCAGAAAUUCCCUGGUCCUGCCUGUCGUGGAAUGGCGGCGGCGACACUGCGGUGGGUGGUCCAGAUGCACCGGGACGUGCCACGGGCUGCACGGUUUUAUGCAGAGGGGCUCGACUUCAGUGUCAACGUCUGCACACUCCGUUUUGCAGAGCUCCAGUCAGGGCCGCUCAAGCUCGCGCUCAUGCACACAAAUGACAGUACCCUUGCAACGCAGAGAGCCUAUUCUUCGAUGAUGUCCUUCACCGUACCGGACAUAACCAGCACAGUGACAAAGCUAAUGUCCCUGGGAGCCGAGCUGGACGGGCCGAUCAAAUAUGAGGUCCAUGGAAAAGUUGCAGCCUUACGCUGCAUCGACGGCCACGUGCUAGGUCUCUACGAGCCAGCCUGAAGAACCUGUUUUUUCAAAACACGAAGGAGGAGAAGCCGUUUUCAGUCGCUCGCAGAUUAGUGAUACGCGUGCUUGUUUGUUGCGGCAAAGGAGAUGUUUUCUCAUCGCAAGUGUGACUCGUGUACAACUUCUGGGAGGCUAGGGAUGUUCAGGAAUUCGGGUGACUGUGAUGCUGCUCACUGUUUUCCUCAUGGUGCCACUAGUGUUGUAUAUUUUGUCGCCGGUUCGAAAAAGCAGCAGCUCAGGAUAGUGGCCGGAGCCAACCAGCUCUCAUUCGUAGCGGUAUCUUGGCUGAUUCUGGUUGAUCAUGGCCUGGACUAUUACAGGCGUAUCAGUUCUCUCAACCUGGCCACCUCAUUUUAUUCCAUUUGCCCUGUAAAAUAAUAGUAAUGUGCUCACCCUCUUUUCGUCCCUUGAAAAUGCAACCGCGUGCACAACGCAUGUAUGCAAAGCA